UUCGGCACCGGCUCUCGAUCUCGAUCGGUCUACUUGACAGCGGCUAUAUAAGGACGAGUCAUAGCUUGGGCACCUUCAUCAUUCAGAAAGCCACAAGCCAAGAACCAAUAGUCUUUGCUGAUCCGCUGUUUUCUCUAGCUCCCACGAGUCUUUAGCUGCACCGACCGAUCUCGAUCAUGGAGGAUGAGAGGAGCACCCAGUCAUACCAGGGAGCUGAGGCCGAUCAGGUGGAGGUGACGGACAGGGGCCUACUCGGCAACCUCCUCGGCAAGAAGAAGGAGGAGGAGGACAAGAAGGAGGAAGAGCUGGUCACCGGCAUGGAGAAGGUCUCCGUGGAAGAGCCCGAGGUUAAGGAGGAUGGCGAGAAGAAGGAGACUCUCUUCUCCAAGCUGCACCGAUCCAGCUCCAGCUCCAGCUCGUCUAGUGACGAGGAGGAGGAGGAGGAGGUCAUCGAUGAGAACGGUGAGGUGAUCAAGAGGAAGAAGAAGAAGGGUCUCAAGGAGAAGCUCAAGGAGAAGCUGCCCGGCCACAAGGACAACGAGGCUGAGCACGUGACGGGCCUACCCGCACCGAUGGCCCCCGCGUCUGUUCAGACUCACCAUGACACCGACGUCGUCGUCGAGAAGAUCGACGGCGACGCGAAGACAGAGGCCACACCGGCAGUGCCCGAGGAGGAGAAGAAAGGCUUCUUGGAAAAGAUCAAGGAGAAGCUGCCCGGCGGCCACAAGAAGCCGGAGGACGCUGCCGCGGUGCCCGUCACGCACGCUGCUCCAGCGCCAGUGCACGCGCCUGCGCCGGCCGCCGAGGAGGUGAGCAGCCCGGACGCGAAGGAGAAGAAGGGCCUACUGGGCAAGAUCAUGGACAAGCUGCCCGGUUACCACAAGACAGGGGAGGAGGACAAGGCCGCCGCCCCUUCAGGCGAGCACAAGCCCAGAGCUUGAUCGCCGCCGUGCCCCGAGACUCAUCACCGGACCUCCAUUAAAUUGUUGGCGUGUGUCGUGUUUGCUUUAAGUUUAAGUCCGUGUCAAGAUGGAGGGAUUGAUCGUCUUUGAAGGUCCGGUCUGUGAAGCCCGUUAGGUGACGGAUGCUUGUGUUCAGUUUGGGUAUACGGGCUUCAGUUUGGUCCAGAGUCAGGUCCUGGAUGUUGUUUAAGUUUAUUUGCUUAUUAUUACGGGCACUUUGUGUAUUGGUUUAUUGCUGGGCAUUAUGCCUUGAUAUUAAAGAUUUCCGCCCAGUAUA